AUGAGGGAAUAUAGGCUGAAAACAGUGAUUCCAACGGAAUCAGAAGCAAGAGGGCUCUAUUAUGAUGGGGAUGUCUAUUUUUCAGCAAACAACCACUUAUUCAAGGCUUCCAAAGGCAAAUAUACCAAGAUUUGCGAUGUUGGGGGAACCAUCAUGGACUUCAGCGUAUCUGAAAAGCUCUUCAUAGUCACAGAAGAGAGAAUGUAUAUGAACAAUGAAAGUAAGAUGUUAGGGUCUCUCAAGAGAAGAUUUUCCUGCAUAUCAGUCAAUAAAGACCUGAUUGCUGUGGGGUUCUCAAACGUCUUGGAGAUAUGGCAUAUCCCUAAGGAAUUCAAGCUCCCUUUAUUUGAUCAGCAUUCAAGAAAUCUUGGGCAUUUUUUGGAUAUCACAAGCGUUAGAUUCAUGGAUGAUAAUACAGUGGUAACGACAAGCAGAGAUUGUACGGUUCGAUUGUUCGACAUUCAGGCCCAUAGGUCCAUCCGAAUAUGCAGCACAAUGAGUGUUCCAAUAGCUGCGUAUUUCAUAGAUGAAGAGAAAAAGAAGCUGGUUGUUGUUUGCGAGGAUGGGGCUCUACUAUAUUUCACGAUAGAGGGUGAAAACAUCUCUUCCAAGGGGAUUAUUCAUUUGGACUCAAAGGUUUUAGCCACUAGUUACCACCUAGGUUUUGUGGCUAUUUCUCUCGACAAAGAAUCUGGAGAGAAUAUGCUUAUUUACAAUGGGCAAGAGAUAGUUCAUUGUGCUACUGUAGAACAUAAAAUUCUAAGCAUGCAUCUAUAUGGAAAUACCAUUGCCGUGAGGGGGCCCAAAUUCGUUGGUAUAUAUGAUUUGGCCAUCAACUUGUUCGUAUUUGAGUUAGAUCUUCCUCGAAUAAUAUCGAUGGAUGUAAAGAAAGAAAUGAUAGCUGUAGGAUGUGCAGACAAGAAGGUAAGGAUAUAUGAUGGACGAAGAUGCAUCCAUACAUUUUCAGAUCCAAAUAUUGCACAUGCUAUCUUCAAUGUGCAUCUCCUUCAGAAUUCUGUUUUGUGCCUUUGCUUGGAUGGGAGAGUAUCUAUUUGGGAUAUAAAAAACGGGGUCUGCUAUAGAUCGUUUCAAAUCGCAGUGAGGAUGUCGGCUUCUGAAGUCAGUGAUGACAAUCUUUUACUAUUCAUUGCAGACUUCAGUAACUAUUCUAUAAGGGUUGUGGAUCUUCAGAGAGGAAAGGAGAUUGACACCCUGAAAGGCCAUGAUGGCCCUGUGUUUAAAAUGAAAUGGGACGCAGAUUCUCUGUACACACUUUCUUAUGACAAUACAAUCAGAAGAUGGAAUGUCUAUUCUCAGACGGUUGAGGAGCUUCAGAUCAAGAAGAUGGCCACAGGGUUUUCUGUAAGGAAUCGUAAACUCUGUGUUUCCACAGUGAAUGAACUAACUAUUUAUGACCCCGACUUUAAUUAUGAAAGGGAAAUAAAAGUAUCCUUGAAGGCUAGAAAAAGAAAUGAAAUCUUCAUUAGUGAAAAACCUGUGGAAAGCCUUGAUUUCACAUUUGAUAAUAGAUUUAUAGUUUCUGGAGGAGAAGCAAACACAAUAAAGGUAAUAUCAGUAGAUACAGGUGAUGUUGUCCAGACACUUCGUGUUUCCGACAACAAGGAGUGGGAAAACUAUAAAGAGGUCCUUGGGAAGGAGUCAUUUAAGCCUUUUGACAAGACAAAGAUUAUUGAAGUAUUGAAGAUAGUCCAUAGCAGCAGCCAAAGAGAGUUCUAUGUUCUUACCAGGGAAGGCGUAAGCAUAUAUGAACCUUCAUUCAUCAAGUUCAUGCCUCUUCAUCUGGAUGUGUCCUUGACUCCAGAGUCCAUCCGAAGGUAUCUGGACACCGGAGAGUAUUUGAAGGCAGCGAUUGGGUCCUUGAAGAUUAAUGAGUACGAGAUUGUAAAGGAGGUUGUAGUUUCCUGCCCAACUGAAAAGAUUGAAGGAGUAGUCAAACAUUUAGACAUGGAGCUAGUUGUAGGUCUAAGGUCCAUGAUAUCAAGAAUGCUUGACAACUCGAUGUACCACUUGGUAGCAAUCAGAUGGCUAAAGUUCAUUGUUUUCUAUUUUGGAUCAUCGGAAAUGCAAGGGACAGACCUCCAUAAGUUUAGGAAGAACAUUGGUUUGACACUAAAGAUGGGAAGACUGAACAAGUCGAUGAUGCUAAACAUCAUCAAGAAAUGA